AUGACUAGACAACAAGGUGGCAAGGAGAAGAAAGAUGAGAAAUCUUCUUUGCACAAAAGUGUUGAGGUUGUGCAAAGAAAAUCAGUUUUUGGAAAAUAUUCCGAAGCAGAAAUGUUAGCUCUGCUGAAAGGGCUUGCUAUGGAUCCUUGUCAGCCGCAAUUUUCACUGGAGAAAACACAACCACUGCGGAAUGAGAUUCUUAGGCUCCGAAAAGUUAUGGUUCUCAAUGAAACUGAAAUUCCUCCUUGGAGAAAGCGUAAACUCCAGCGGUUUGUUAAAGAUAAGCUGGGAGCUCCUGGAUUUUCCAUGCCUAACCAACAAAAUGGCACAAAACUGAGCAGGGGCCAGCUGUCCCAUGUCUCUUCUAUUUCAUGCUUGCUCAAUUCAGUCAACACUGCGGAAUGUUUUGAGCAUAAAAUUCUGUCUGACUCUCGUAGUUCGAGUAGUUUAUUGACAUUUGAGGAUACUUUACCAGAGAAACAAUUGUCUCGAGAAUCCUUCUUCCUGGAUGAUGUAUUAGAUAGGUGUCUCCCCAGCAAAGAUAUAUCUCAGAUAGUAGAUUCUGACGAAUCCGCAAAUUGUUUGAUCUCUUUGAGUCCGGAAAACCUGACUGUUAAUGAGGCACCAUCUCUGGAUCUUAAUGACGCAAUUCGCUAUUUGAAUUCAUCAACACUUCAUGGAGCAAAGAGGAACCAUCUUCACCCACCUCGCAAAUCUAUCAGGUUGCUGAAUUUCAUCGGUGAUCAUCUUGAGAAUAAGGUUGUCCCUGUUGGGCCGCGGUUCCAGGCUGAUGUUCCUGAGUGGAAUGGUCCUGUCAUAAUUAAUGAUUCUUCGGAGAAUUCCCGGUGGUUGGGCUCUAGAGUUUGGCCAAUUGAAAUUGGAAAUGCAAAAAGCACCGGAAGAAAAGUGGGAAAAGGAAGACCAAACUCCUGCCGCUGUGUCUCUCCUGGAUCUGUUGAUUGCAUUAGAAACCACAUUCUGGAGAAAGGAUUAAUUUUGCAAUGUGAUCUUGGACCUGCUUUUUUUAGUUGGAACUUCAAUGAGAUGGGAGAACAAGUUUCAAAAUCAUGGACUUUGAAGGAGCAGAAAAUGUUUGAGUCGUCGUUAAAAAUGAAACCACUCUUGAAUAGGAAUAACUUUAUAAAGCGUGCUUUGAUGCGUUUCCCAGAAAAAAGUAGUAAAGAGAUUGUCCACUAUUACUUCAAUGUUUUUAUUCCGCAGCACAUGAGCCAGCAGAGAAGGUUGUCCAUGAAACAAGUUGACACUGAUAAUGAGGAGGAGGAUGAUGAUUUUAAUGAAAUAGGUGUGCAGAGAUGUGAAGGAAGCAAUGCCAUCAUCAGCAAUUCUAAAGUUGUAAAGACUCGAUAUUUACGCGGAGGCAUACCUGAGGUUUUUCUUUUUUGCGUUUCAAAGAAUACACAUCAACAUUCUCAGCCCUUAGAUUUUGUUCAUCCCCACAAUGUUGAUGCUUCUCUCUCCAAUUUUCUGUUGAACAUUCUGUUAGUUGCGGCUUUUAAUCGUGUCCUGAAAGCCGUGGAGAGAGUGCUUUAG